UGGGGUUUUCAUCACUAGAAACCGUGGGGAGCUUGGAUUGAGGGAACCAAAAUGAGACAACAGUGUGCAGAGCAGACGGCUCAAGGAUCAACCUAUACACGGAGUGUUUCUCCAUCAGAAUAAAGAGACAGUGGGUCGACCAGGAAAUCCAUUGACUAUUGAAUUCCAUGACAACUCUUGUUUUUAGUUUUGCUGUUAUUUAGUUGUUAGGCUAUACAUUUUUUUCGUCUAUUUUUGCCGCCCCAAAAAAACGUUAAUUUCACUGAGAACCUUACCGAUGAAAAUCUGUUCAAUAAGCUACUGGUUGCAGCUUUUGGGCUAAUGGUUACUUACAGUUUUAUCGACUGGUCUCAAGAAGUGAAGAUAAAGGAACAGGAGAGGAACGUGUGAGGAAACGAAAGGCAUUAGCCUAUCUUGAUCUAUGAUUUAACACAAAAAUAUGUGCACGCUAAUCCUAUCAAACAUGAAAUAGAAAUCUUUAGUCUCACAAAUAUGUAAUGGCAUGCAUUUUUAAGCGGGUGCGUACUUAAACUGCGCUCGACUCGGAUUUGUAAUUCACAAGUUGUGUUUUUAUGUAUAGUUUUUUUGUAUCAUUAUUUUAUUCCCAGAUAUGCGGAAUACAAUAUGUGGUUUCAAAUUGGAGGUUUUGGUCUAACACAAAUAUUCGCUCUUCUUAGGUGGAUCAUUAUUUGAGACAAUAACAUAGAUAUAAUUACACCUGCUUAUAAAGUUUAAGCACUAUAUGUAGUACUUAUAUCCUUUGGUAAUUGUAUUGCAAAGUUGGCGUGACAUAUAUACACAAGCACUCUUCUUGUAUAGCCAGUCAUUACAUGCAUGAAGCCAAAGGCAGAGACACCUGCCACUUUGUCGGGGGUUUCACGUGCUUCGAUUCCGCCACUAUUUUCACAACAGGCUACACCAAAAAAACAGAAAAUAUCAAGUGACAUAACCUGAACAGAUUUUUGUUCUCCAAAGUGGACUAUAGUAAAGUUUUGUUCAGCGAACAGUGAGCUAUAGCCUAUGAAGAUCGCGACACAGAUCUUCCCUCGCAGAAAUGCCAGUGCGAAUGCCAGUGCGAACCACCAGGUUAAUGUACAGGGGAAUUUGCACUAUUCCAGAUAUCCUGUCAUACCGGACCCCCAUUAACCUGCCUGAGGAUGAGGUGGAAGAGAUCCGCGAGGCCUUCAAGGUGUUUGACAGAGAUGGAAACGGCUACAUCUCAAAGCAGGAGUUGGGGGUGGCGAUGCGGUCGCUGGGAUACAUGCCUAAUGAGGUGGAGCUGGAGAUUAUUAUCCAAAGGCUGGACAUUGAUGGUGAUGGCCAGGUUGACUUUGACGAAUUUGUUGCACUGCUUGGACCAAAACUUAUUGCUGCUGGGAUGCCUGAUAAGUUCCAUGGGGCGAACUUUGACUCUGUAUUUUGGAAGUGUGACAUGUCGAAGCUAACGGUAGAUGAGCUGAAGAGGCUGCUGUAUGACACGUUCUGUGACCACCUCACCAUGAAAGACAUCGAGAACAUCAUCAUGACCGAAGAGAGCCACCUGGACAACCAAGUGUGCCAAGUGGACAUUGACACGAGCCCGACACAACAGGUGAAGCACACAUGUGUGCGGAAGAGUCUGAUUUGUGCUUUUGCCUUUGCAUUUAUCAUCAGUGUAAUGCUUAUUGCAGCUAACCAGAUGCUCCGUAGAGGUAUGAAGUAGAAAGUCCUUCACUGCCAGAGGGGAAAAUAGUUUUCUUCAUUGUCCUUUCACACUCAAUCCAGUGACUAAGCAGAGACAAAUUUAACUGAAAAAAAUAACCAAAAUGACAUGGAUUUUCUUUGAUCCAGAGACAUACACUGAGUGCACAAAACAUUAAGGACACCUUCGUAAUAUUAAGUUGCACCCCCAGAGCAGCCUCAAUUUAUUGAGACAUGGACUCUACAAGGUGUCAAAAGCGUUCCACAGGGAUGCUGGCCUAUGUUGACUCCAAUGCUUUUCACAGU